AUGAAGAGCUUCAUUCUGCUUGCUACGCUUCUCGUAGUAGGCUUUGCUACCGUCCUUGCCACGCCUCACCGUCAGGGUGCGAAGCGUUUCUCACUGGAAACAAACCGAAAGUCCAGCUCCAAGCCUGAUUUUGUUCGGGAAUGGGUGGCGGCUCACCAGAAAUGGGGAGAGCCAGUCUCGCGAGAGACUCUGGCUGCUUUUUCACUCCUCGAUGAUGAUGGUCGUGUGGAUGUGAAGCCUAUGGGUAGCGAUGACAUCUACAUCGCUGAUAUCAAAGUCGGCACUCCUCCUCAGACCCUCAAGGUGGCCAUCGAUACUGGGUCUGCAGACUUUUGGGUCCAAUCCACUGACACAAUCUACAAAGCAGUCACCGAAGGCCCUUGGGCUCCCCUGUACAGGCCCAAUGCAUCCAAAACGGCUCAUCGCGUUCGCGACGCUGAAUGGGCGGUUGAAUACGUUGACGGUAGCCAUGCCGAAGGUAUUGUCUACCUUGAUACUGUUCGUCUCGGAGGUUUUGAACUCAAGGAUGCGGCUAUCCAAUCUGCGCAGCUCAUGGCAGCACGCUUCGAGGGCGAACCCGAACUCACUGGCAUCAUGGGCCUUGCCAAAACGCUCCCUAGCAACGUGGAUCCUCCGACACCCUCUCUGCUCGACAAACUCCGUCCCCUGUUGGACAAGGCGGUCUUCACAGUUGAUUUGCGUCGGAAUGCCACAGGCCGUUUUGAUUUCGGCUAUAUUGACGAGAGAAAGGCCAAGGAUAACAUCUCAUGGAUGGCAUCGCGAGAGGAUAGCCCCCAUUGGGACGUCACGUUUGAUAUGACAGCUUGGACCGGUUCACGCCGAGUUUGGAUGGCACGUACUUUCGAAGCUACCAUCGAUACGGGCACAACUCUCAUUUUCCUGCCUCCAGAUAUUGCAGGCUUGUACUGGAAUGAUGUGCCAAAUAUGCGAGUCAACCCUGACCUUGGUGACGCAUUCACUUUUCCUUGCGAGUUCGCCGACGAACUGCCAGACUUGAUGUUCAAAGUGCCGAAGACGGAGCAUGUUCUCAAGAUUCCAGGACCGUACCUUAACUACAGCCCUACCGAUGACGAUCCAAAGUAUUGCUGGGGCGGCAUGCAAAGCUCAGACGAGCUGGGUGGUAUAACCAUUAUUGGUGAUGUGGCUCUCAAAGCGCUAUAUGUCGCGUUUGACCUUGAGAACAACAAAGUCGGGUUUGCCAACAAGGACCUCGACGAUAUCGAUGACUAA